AGUAGCUCUUUGACUUUUGGUCAAAUGUUUUAUUGCUACUUAAGCAGCUUUGCUGCCAACAAAAUAUAUAGCAGUGUUGGGAAGAGAAACCAGGUUAGUUACUAUAAGUGAGUUGCCAUAUGCAAAAAUGCCAACCUUGGAUGACAUUCUAGAGCAUAUUGGGGAAUUUGGCUUGUUCCAGAAGCAAGUCUUUUUUGUCUUAUGCUUCACGUCUGCUGCCUUCCCACCUAUUUACAUGGGUGUCAUCUUCCUGGGGUUCACUCCUGAACACCGCUGUCUCAGUCCUGGAGUUGCUGAGUUGAGCAGCCGAUGUGGCUGGAGUCUAGCAGAGGAGCUGAAUUACACCGUUCCAGAGCAGGGGAGACAUGGGGAGUCUUUCUCUAGUCAGUGCAGGAGGUACGACAUGGACUGGAACACAACUGGCCUCAGCUGCAUAAACCCCUUAGAAAACUUCACUGGUUAUGGCAACAGGAGCAGUAUCCCUCUUACCCCCUGUCAAGAUGGCUGGGUUUACGAUUCUUCAGGAUCAUCCAUCGUGACUGAGUUUAACCUGGUGUGUGAGGACUCCUGGAAGGUGGAUCUCUUUCAGUCCUGCGUGAAUGCUGGCUUUUUUUUGGGCUCGAUAUUCAUCGGCUACAUAGCAGACAGGUUUGGCCGUAAACUUUGCCUUAUAGUGACAAUCCUUGUAAGUGCCACCUCUGGAGUUCUUGUGGCCUUCGCACCAAGCUACCUUUGGAUGGUGAUCUUUCGCUUCCUACAAGGACUGGUCAGCAAGGGCAGCUGGACAGCAGGCUACAUCCUGAUCACAGAAGUUGUUGGUCCAAGCCAUAGGAAGACAGUGGGAAUUCUCUAUCAAGCGGCCUUUACAGUUGGACUUCUCCUGUUCGAUGGUGUUGCUUAUGCUAUUCCUCACUGGAGAUGGUUGCAGCUUACUGUUACUCUACCAUGCUUCCUCCUCUUGCUCUAUUACUGGUGUCUGCCUGAGUCUCCAAGGUGGCUGAUAUCUCAGAAGCAAAAUGACAAGGCCAUGAAGAUUGUGGACUAUAUUGCCAAAAAGAAUGGGAAAAAGCUGCCUGCCCAUUUUCAGAAUAUUAACCUUGAAGAGGAAGAUGUGGAAAAUCUGAGUCCUUCAUUCAUGGACCUUGUCAGGACACCUCAGAUGCGGAAACACACAUUCAUUUUGAUGUAUAACUGGUUGGCCAGCUCUCUUCUGUACCAAGGGCUCAUCAUGCACAUGGCAAUGGCUGGUGAGAACAUGUAUCUGGAUUUCUUCUAUUCUGCCCUUGUUGAAUUUCCAGCUGCCUUCAUUAUCCUUCUCACAAUCAAUCGCAUUGGCCGUCGCUAUCCCUGGGCUGUGGCAACUCUGGUGGCAGGGGCUGCCUGUCUCAUUAUGGCUUUAAUCCCCGAGGAUAUCCACUGGCUAAAAAUGACUGUAGGUUGCAUUGGGAGAAUGGGAAUUACAGUGACUUUCGAAAUGGUUUGCUUUGUAAACACUGAACUGUACCCAACCUUUUUGAGGAACCUUGGUGUAAUGGUCUGCUCUUCCUUUUGUGAUGUUGGUGGGAUACUAGCCCCGUUCAUUGUCUACAGGCUGGCAGAGAUCUGGCAUGAGCUGCCACUUAUAGUUUUUGCUGUGGUUGGUUUAAUUGCUGGUGGAUUGGUGUUGCUGCUGCCUGAAACCAAAGGGAAAACAUUGCCUGAGACUAUUGAAGAUGUAGAAAACUUGCAUAGGUGA